AUGUCCGAAUUUCAUACAUUAAAAAUUGUUGAGGGGAAUGUAACUAAAACCACGAUAUUCUCAACAGCAGAUAAACCUAUUACUAAAGUACGUCAAGGAUAUAUACCAAUUUGGGAAGGCAAUCCCGGUGAGUCAGCGAAAUGCGUCAGCUAUUUUAGGUUUAAACGGCCUGCUAGGACACUUGUCAAAGUUGAAAUUGAAGGUUAUAAUACAAAUUUUGUUUGUUAUUUUUUUAAAAAUUUUACCCAUUAUAAAGAGGUCACUAAAAAUUAUUUUGAAAACAAAUAUAAAGAACUUAGUAACUAUGUUGAAGACUUAGAAUCUAUAGAUAUUGAUUUAUUAAUAGCUAAGCAGAAACAACCUAAAAAACGCAAAGCCGAUACUGAUGAUACUGGGGGGUCGAAAAAAAAGAUUCCAAGUCAACCUGCUCAACCAAAACCACAACAGAUAGAGCCUGAGGUUGUUCAGGUGGAGGUGGAAUCCGAAGAGGAUGAAUCUACUGAUACAACAACUAAAGACCCAAUUGAGGAACAGAAGAAACAACAGAGAAAAGACUUACUGGAGAAGUUAAAAAAGAAAAUUCAACAGAGAAUGGAAGACAAAUCUAAAAAACCAAGUGAAUCAUCAGUACCUGCAACCACACAAGUUGACGCGGAAAUUGAUGAGGAAGAAGAUAGUGAUAUAUUAAACGAACCUCUUGAUCUAAGUAUUAAAUCUAAGCCUACUCAAUCCACAACGCCUCAAAAAUUACAGUUAGAAACUGUUCAUUUUGAAAUAUCAGAUCAAGAAUCUGAUACAACAACUGAAGACCCAAUUGAGGAACAGAAGAAACAACAGAGAAAAGACUUACUGGAGAAGUUAAAAAAGAAAAUUCAACAGAGAAUGGAAGACAAAUCUAAAAAACCAAGUGAAUCAUCAGUACCUGCAACCACACAAGUUGACGCGGAAAUUGAUGAGGAAGAAGAUAKUGAUAUAUUAAACGAACCUCUUGAUCUAAGUAUUAAAUCUAAGCCUACUCAAUCCACAACGCCUCAAAAAUUACAGUUAGAAACUGUUCAUUUUGAAAUAUCAGAUCAAGAAUCUGAUACAACAACUGAAGACCCAAUUGAGGAACAGAAGAAACAACAGAGAAAAGACUUACUGGAGAAGUUAAAAAAGAAAAUUCAACAGAGAAUGGAAGACAAAUCUAAAAAACCAAGUGAAUCAUCAGUACCUGCAACCACACAAGUUGACGCGGAAAUUGAUGAGGAAGAAGAUAGUGAUAUAUUAAACGAAUCGCUAUUUGGAGAAGAUGUAGAGAAGUGGUUGGAAAGUGAACUUGAAGAUAUUGGUUUAUCGGAAAGUGAACUUGAUUCAUUAUUUGAUGACACAAGUGAACAACAAAAUUAUGAAAACGAGUCAGAAAAAUCAUCAAACGAUUAAAAACACAAACUUUUUUGACUCUUUUUGUAAAUACUAAAAAAACGUAAGUUACUUAUUAUCACUAUUAGGAUAAAUCAUGAAGUACGAACUUAAAUUAAAUUUCAGUGAUAUUUAAUAAAACUAAUAAUGUUUAAUUAAUUAUAAAUCAAAUUAAAAUAUUGGAUUUAAAAUAAUAUAAAAGAACAAGCACUAAUAUAUCUAAAUCUAUUAAAAAUAG